UGCCCCCAGCCCAGCUGACCAAUGGGAGGCCGGGCGCGGCCGGACGGUCACGUGGCGCGAAGGUUUAAAUGUCAGCCGGGGGCUCCGGGGGGCUCUGCUUCCUGCCUUCCCUCCCUGGCCGCCGCCGCCGCCCCCGCCCCCGCCAUGGGCUCCCUGCUGGCGGUCAAGCUGGGCUGCCUGGCGGCGCUGGCCCUCCUGCCGCUCCUCUGCGGCCUCCUCCCGGCCGCCCUCCUCCGCCUCCGCGGGGCUGCCGACCUCGCCUCCGCCGCCGGCCUCUCUCGCGGCGGCGGCCAGAGCAUCCUGAGCUGCGCGGCCGGAGGCGUCUUCUUGGCCGCCUGCCUGCUGGACAUCGUCCCGGACUCGCUGGCUGACCUGCGCGAGGAGAUGCAGCGGAGGAGCCUCUCGCUGGACUUCCCGGUGCCGGAGCUGGUCCUGGCGCUGGGCUUCCUGCUGGUCCUGGUCCUGGAGCACGUCGUCUUGGACUGCAGAGCCCAACGGAGCGGCGAGGCCUCCCUGCCCCUGCUGCCCAGCCCCGAAGGGCAGCACCCGGAGGAGGCGGCCGUCCUGGGGCCAGGGGCCCAAGCCUCCUCCUCCUCCUCCUCGGCCCCUGCCUUCCGGGCCCUGAUGCUGACCCUCUCGCUCUCCUUCCACUCGGUCUUUGAGGGGCUGGCGGUCGGACUGCAGGAGACGCAGGCCAAGGUCCUGCAGCUGGCGGUGGCCAUCCUGCUCCACAAGGCAGUCAUUGCGGUCAGCCUGGCCCUCCUGCUACUCCAGAGCCGCCUGCCCCUGCGCUGGCUCCUGCUCUCCCUGGCCACUUUUGCGCUCAUGUCUCCGCUGGGCCUGGGGCUGGGCAUCCUGGUGACCCACACAUCCUCCGAAGGCGGCGGCGGCGGCGAUGGUGGCAGUGACACGGUCCGGAGCGCGCUGGAAGGAGUGGCCGCCGGGACCUUUGUGUACAUCACCUUCCUGGAGAUCUUGCCCCACGAGCUGAGCUCUCCCGCCCCCGGCAGCCGCCUGCCCAGGGUCCUGGCGGUGCUGCUGGGCUUCUCGGGGAUGACCGCCCUGCGCUUCCUGGGCUGAGGGCGCCUGGGCCUUGGAGAUUAUGAGCCGGGACAGGGCUUGCCUGGCUUGGGGAGGGUGGGCUGGUCCCCUGCGCCUUUGGAUGUUUUUAUUAAAUGGGUCCUUUUGA